AUAAAUGAAGCCAGAUGAUCCUAGCUCAUGGAACACAAGCCAUCACCUCCAAGAAGACCUAAACCUGAAAGGGAGAGGGCAUUUUAUGAAACACCUGAACAUGUAAAAACCAGUGCCAAAAUAGUCAAUGAGGCUCGGUCCUCUCUGCGCACCGUAAAAACUAACCGUCCGUUUACUCCAAAACCUGAAGAAAGAACUUUAUUUGGAAGCGCAAGUAACAGAGAUCCUCAAAAUAGACCUCCAAGUGCAUUUAGUCUUGGCUCUCACCACUUUGAUGGUAGUGAAUCCAGACCAACAUCAGGAACGAGACCUGUUUCUGGCACUGCAAGACUUACACCACUCGGCCAUGUAUGUUUGUAG